UACUCGCGAGUCACACGGGCGGGAUUGCAGCAGCCCAUUGAGACGCCCUUCCCGAGUCCGCCCGGGCUUCCCCGGCCCCUCCCCUGCCGCUUCUCACGUGGCAGCACCGGCGCUUCCUGCCUCCCCCGGCCGCGCUUGGAGUCUGCGCUCUGCCGCCCGCACGGUUUCCAGCCGCCGCAGGAGGAAGGCGAAGGCGUUGAGCCGGCCGCCCCUGCGCAUGGAGAUGCCUUGAAAGAGACGGGAAAGGAGGCUGCAUUGGUUACAGGUGGACCAAUCACAGGCUCCUUUUUGCUGCUCAUCUCUUAAGGGCCUUCAGGUUCCCGUGGUAGGGAAAUUGAGCCACACCCUGUGAAUCCUGAUCCAUGGUAUUCAGUUGCUUGAGCCAUGGAAGCCGUCGAUGUCCCAGUGGGGAACCUCAUUGACUUUGACUCUGAACCUUCCACCACCGACACCUCCGAAUCUGUCCCUACUGCUCCUUCCACCACCAAUGGCAACGGGCUGCUGGGUCACCUGGUGGAUGACACUGCCGCAGUGGUGGAAGAGAGCGACGCAACGGAGUCCGCCGACAGUGAGAACGACACGACGGACUCGCCCAGCCGUCACAGCUGGAACAACCACCGCCGCUCUUCAUCGGAGUCCUACUCGUCCAACCAGAGCACUGAGUCUGCCAAGGAUGAAGAGACGGCAGAACACCGGGAGUUCAUUCGGCAAUAUGUGGAGAAGAUCUUCACUGGAGGAGAGGAAUUUGACCAAGAGGAGAAGGCCAAGUUUGGGGAACUCUGCAGUGGGGAGAAUGCAAAAGGCAGGGAAUGGUUUGCCAGAUACGUGAGUGCUCAGCGCUGCAAUUCUAAGUGUGUCUCGGAGCAGACCUUCUAUCGACUGGUGCAGUCUUUUGCCGUCGUUCUCUUUGAGUGUUACCAAAUGGAUGAUUUCAGCCCCGCUAAGAACCUGAUGACCAUGUGUUUUACCUAUUACUACGUUGGUAAGCCCCAAGCGCUGCCCCUCGAGUGCAAGGAGAAGCCCACUGGCAGCAUCGAUGCCUACCUGAAGUCUGCCAACAGCUGGCUAGCCGAGAAGAAAGACAUUGCUGAACGGCUCCUGAAGAACACAAAGCCCGAGAACAUGAAGGGCUUUUUUGGGAGCUUUGAGAGCAAGCUGAAGGGGCCUGGAGCCAAAAAGCCCGAGGAUGGUGAAGAGAAGCCAAGAGAGAGAAUCCACAAAUCGGUUUCCCUGUACGGCCCUGAGGAGGAGGAAGAAAAAAGCGGGGAGAAGAUAUACCUGAACAUGCACCUGAAGCAGCAGCCCAUCUGGCACACCCUGCGAUUUUGGAAUGCGGCUUUCUUCGACGCGGUCCACUGUGAGAGGCGGAAACGGUCUCCUACCACUAGGGAGAAAUGGUGUCACAUGACCCAAGAGGAGCGGGACGAUAGUCUGCGGUUUAAUGAGAAUAUCACCUUUGGCCAGUUGGGCACUUUCACCCAUAAUAUGUUGGCUUUUGGUCUGAACAAGAAGCUUUGCAAUGACUUCUUGAAGAAGCAGGCAGUGAUUGGCAACCUGGAUGAAGAGCAGUACAAGCUGCUUAGUGAUCACAUUGAACAAAUGGCCGCCGAAUAGCAUCGAUGCAAACUGCCCCCUGCAUUCUGGAACCGAGAGAGGGAAGCCAUUGGGGGUGAAAGGGUGGGAAAACCCCAUCUCUGAAACUACCUGACACGUAAACGAUGGGCUUUUGAAAACGAAACAGGAAUGAAACCCAACAGAUGCUGUGUUAAACCUGCAUGAUCGUCUUCAAACCACGUAGAGCUGUGUCGCGCAGCCCAUUAGAAGUAACAGCUCGGCAAUCCAAGACAUCCGCCCCUCUUUUGCUGCCUCCUUCCCUUAUGCCUUGUUCCCACGGACUGUGACUGAACAAAGAGACUUCUGGGGAAAUCUGCAUACGAGGCAGAGAGCCAGUAACGACAGGAGAGUCCAGCAAGUUCAUAACAGAGGAUGGUUGAGCUUUUUAGAGAGCCUUGCCUCUCUCUCACUCUGCAUUGCUGCCACUGAAUGUUUUUUAUGUGCCCAAAGGCUGCAAAGCAUGAAGAUAGAUGUGUGCGUGUAAGAGAUGUAGGAAGGGGUGAGUGGGUGGGACGGAGGGCAGUCUCCCUAGUUGCUAUUAUUACUCUGGAAGGCCAGUGAAAGGAAAACAAGGAGUUCUGUAAGCCCAGGAGGCCAGAUGCAAAUCCUGAUGGGAGUUAUAGCUUGAAAGUCCUAGAUUCUUCCCCCCCCCUUUAGUUUUCACAAGUUUUUUUUUGCAGUAUGUCUAGAUGCAGGGAGCUCUGAUCCGACAAAGAAUGUUUUGCCAGGCGCUUUGCAUUGCCUUGCCUUGCCCAGAUAUUUGCUACAGAGAAAGGCCCCAGUAAUGUUGUCGACAGGGGUGCCCGCCUCCUUCAAAUGGUCUGACAGAUGGAACAUCCUGGUGUACACAACCACAUAUCUGGCUGGCAGUGUCAGUUCAGAGCUAUAUGACCUUUCUUUGUUUUGAGCCUGAACCUUUUCGAGUCCUUGCUACCCAUCUGGGUGGUCAAAGUGAAACUUGCAGGGAAUUGUCAAGGCAGACCUCUGCUGCUAUUCAAGUUUUUGUUAAAUAAACGAUGGUCAGCAGAGGUAGUGAAUCUUGGUAGUGGCUGGUGGUCACCUAAAUGCUGUUCAUCUUGAGAUUUUGAGAAGAUUGCUCUGUGCCAUCUAAUGCAGCUUUUAUAAGAAUCCAACCCAUUUGCCCAUUUUUUAAAAAACAAACAAACCAUGAGUUGAUGUCUUUGUGUGAUUCUUCUCAGUGAUGUGAUGUGAUAAUUGAGGAUUGUGACUCUGUCUUUUAGGGCUAUCUAGGUUGCAAAGUUUGUCCGGAGGAUGCAGAGCGGUUGUAUUCUGAACACUCAUUUGAGUGUUCACAAGGUUCCUUUGAUAGUGGUGGUGAAUCAGCCUGGAUGGUUUGGUAAGGGGAGGUUGUGUGAAUGUGCCAUUGGAUGUACUCUUUUGAUACUUUCAAAGACCCGGCUGUAUACCCUGGUGCACUGAAGUGCAGGUAUCGGAAGCUAACAAUAGCUUCUUAUCCCAUGGUAAAUCUUUUGCUUCUACGUGACUGUUAGGGUACAUCCACGCCACAGACUUAAAUCACUUGUAAAGCACUUGUGUUGUUUGGGCUUACACUGAAGAACCUUGGGCUUUGUAGAUUUAUUGAGGGAGUUUAGAUUUUUCUGUCAAGAAACCCCUAGCGCCUUUUACAGAACUACAAUCCCUAAGGUUUAAGUUUGUGGCAUGGAUGCCCCUUUGGCUGCCUUGAGAGAAAUUGGGAUGUGAUGAAGGACUCUUUUCCCUGUGUGCAUGCAUAUGUGUUUCCCAGCAGCUUCCAAAAUGAUUUGUCUUAAUUCUUGCAGAUUUGGUUUUCAAGUCCCUGCAGUUUCCCUUUGUGUCCAGGAGAGGGUGCCCGGGGAGCAUGUUUUGGGAUAGUCGCCUGUUCUAUUCUGGAUAAAGAAUUCUUGAGAAGAAGGGAGUGUUUUUGACAAAUUGCCUGUGGCCCAACUCCUGCCUCCUCUACCUUCUUCUGGUCCCGUGCCAUAACUGACGAUUUUGGAUUCCGAACAAGGCUAGCUGUCUGUGCUUAAUGGGGUGUGAGAAGGAGAGAUGGAGUCCUCCUUUUCUGGAACGGACUGUGUGCUUUGACCCUGUGUUUCCUGUACUUUCAAGUUCCCAUUUCUUUACUUUUCAGUUUGCACCAUUUCUUCCUCAGUUUUCUGUAACGACAUUGUAUUUGGUAGCGAUCAAUAAAUGAUUCAUGACCUUGGUUUAGCAAAUAGCAAGGACUAUCCCAUUCCAGAUGUGUUCAGUCCCUUUGCCUCAUCUGCCUUUCCCUCAGUCAUUCUGUUUUUAAAAUGAUGGGCUUCAAAGCCUAAAAACACAUCGUGGUUCAGGGUCUGUAUAACAGGGAGAGCCAAGAUGGUGCCUUCUAGAUGCUGGUCUCCAGCUCCCAUCUGUCACAGCAGUCAGCACAGCCAGUGGUCAGGGAUGAUGGGAGUUGUAGCCGCAGCAACUUCUGGAGGGCACCCCAUUGGCUACUUCUGCUGUAUAAGCAUUCCAAGACGUUGGUUUCUGCAUUUAUUGAUUCAGGGUAAAACCUCCCACAUCUGAAAAAGGCCCCUGCUGACUUGAAUGUCCACAAUGCCGAAGGAAGGCAAGAGUGCAUUUUCCCCUCUGCAGUGAAGCGGUUGUGUGAACCUUCUACCAUAGGCUCGCAUCUGUUUGGCACAUAAUUAAAAGCUUUCAAGAAGCAUGUUGAGCAAUAAACAUUCCAGGCCGCUGCCUGUUUCACACGGCUGCUUUGCAAUGAGAAUGCUACAAUACUCACCCUGCGGACAGGGUGUGUGAGAAUCAAGAAGUGUGCAUUUCCAAAUGGCUUUGGUGGGGGUCUCUUCCUAACUGCUAAUGGACACAAGUUCAAGAAAGAUGGAAGGAAACUGUCUAUCCUCCCAGUGAAAGCUACAGGUCCUUAUUAAUCUUCUAUGCAUAUCGUCAUGUGGCAUUUAUACCUUAAUCCUUCAGGACUCUUGUACAAAAGUGUUAAUGUGUAUCUUUUUUUCCUAAUUAUGCUCUUGAUUCUUGAGAGUGUGUCUUUGUGUGUUGGUGGGUCAGGGGAAAGCACUGAGCCAAAUGGGAACAGGGACCACCAUCUUUGUUCCAAGGGGGUUAACUGAUGUGAAUGUUGUCUACAUGUAGGUGCAUUUCCAGGCACUCCUGCUUUUUGAUGACCAAAUCAAAAGUCUCGCUUUUAUGGAGGGGAAAGGGGGAGGAGCUUCCAGGGAGAAGUAAUUGUAUUGGCUGGAACUGAAAGAUGGACAUCUCACGACAGCAAAAAUGUUGUUCUUUUUCCGCUGCUGAAUUUUUGUUAAUGUGUAACUUAAAGGGGUCUUUCCUCUCUUGUAUGUCUCUUGCCUGUCCAACCCCCUGGCCCCAAAUCAAGCUCUGAUUCUCUUCCAACACUAGAAAUAUCUAGCUGUGAAGACUCUUUUUGUUAAGAGAUAUCUAGAACCCUCAUAUAAUGUAAAUGUAAACCUACCGUUUCAGUGUCUCAUUUCCAUAUAGCUAAUUGUGGGAUUCAUUGGAGUUUUAGAUGCUGUGUUUGACUGUUUUAUAUAUGAUGAGAUAUAUUCACCCAGGUUUUGUUGUUUUGUACACAAUGUGCUGCCACGUUCUGAUGUGAUGGGUGCAAUUGUGUGAGGACUGACACGUUGUGCCGCGAUUUUGUGAUUUAGUAUUCUUUGUGGAAUAUUGUUGUUUUUAAAUUCGUGUACUGAAAGCAUUUCAAGUCCUGGUGAUGAAAGGACUGGGAAAGUGAAAUAAAAACUUUUUUUUAAAGCUCCA